GUAUGUGUGCGUGUUUUUUUUUUUUUUUUUACUCUUUUUGUUAGUGUGUGUGUGUAAUUGAGAAUUAAGCGAGUUGCAGAGACGGGAGAAGAAGUCACCUCUCUGCAGCCGGGAGGCUUUGAGGAAACGACAAAGCGAGUCAUCAUGUGAAAGAACUUAUGUGGGAAACGGACAAAAGGGCUGGAAUACGAGCAGAAUAGAAAGUAAAAGGGACGCCCUCCCUCCUCCUCCACUGCUCUGCGCACCAGCGACCUGCCAAUCAUCUGUCUGACCUCUCAUCUUUCUGACUGAUAGUGAUGUAGUCAGUGUGACUCUAUGCUGCUCGUGGAUAAAUGAUCACUAAUCACAAUCAGAAGAUGAAGCACAAGUCUGGCGUGAGCGGAAUGUCCGUGGAUGAGAAGCCUGAAGCCCCCAUGUAUGUGUAUGAGUCGACGGUUCAUUGUACCAAUAUCCUCCUCUGCCUCAACGACCAGCGGAAGCAGGAUAUCCUGUGCGAUGUGACCGUCCUGGUGGAGGGAAAGGAGUUCCGCGGGCACCGGGCCGUGCUGGCCGCCUGCAGCGAGUAUUUCCUCCAGGCUCUGGUGGGCCAGGCGGAGAAUGGCUUGGUCGUUAGCCUUCCUGAAGAGGUCACUGCCAGGGGAUUCGCCCCAUUGUUGCAGUUUGCCUACACUGCUAAGCUGUUACUCAGCAGAGAAAACAUCCAGGAGGUCAUCCGCUGUGCCGAAUUCCUGCGCAUGCACAACCUCGAGGACUCAUGCUUUCGCUUCCUGGAAGCUCAGCUGCGCAGCGAGGAGGACAGCUUGCUGCUCUGCCACAAGGUGGCGACAGAGGUCAACAACUCGGAGGAUGAGACCAUGCAGCCAGAGGCAGAAAGACCCACCUCCCCCAGGGCGCGGCGGUGUGCUGACGCCCUCACUUCUUCUCCUGAUGAUGAUCGACUAGCAAUGGCUAUACCCAGUAACUUCACGGAUGGCCGGCUGGACUUUGAUCGACAUGGAUCGUCAGACCUGCCACGAUGCCCCAAGUACAGGAAAUACCAAUGGGCUUGUAACAAGCACAAUAAUGACACCUCCUCACACACCAGUACCUCAGGUUUUCCAAGCACAUUAAAGAGUGAGAGUGGCGUUGGCGGGGCAGUGCCAGGUCAGGGCAGGCUGCCUUUGGCACAGAUCAAAGUUGAACCGCAGGCAGAGGAAGAGGCCAUCUCAUUGUGCUUGUCAGGGGAUGAGCAGGACGUCAGGGAUAAGGACAGUGUGACAGCCAUGGAGAUGGAUAACCCCAUAUCCGUGGAAAGAACCAAGAGAACCAAGUCCCCUUCCUGCCUCCGAGCCUUCUUCAAGAAAGGGGUGGACCUCCCCAGUCUGCCCAACACAUCACAGCAGCUAUUCGCCAACAGACUUGUCUGCCCCCAGGACAAAGGAAACUCUCAGGGAGAUCAUAAAAAAGACUUCAGGCCUUUCACUGGGGAGCUGGGUCUGUCUGUUACAUCCCCGAAGGAAGUGGACGGUUUCCCUGCAGGGUUGUCCCUCAAGUCCGCCUCCUGCGAUGGGGUCUGCAAACAGGAAGUUGAGCUAGACCGCCGUAGUGUCAUAUUUUCCUCAGGGGCCUGCAACCGUCUGGGAACCCCAGCGCAUUCCUACCCUGGUGGGAACUCUUUGGAGAUGGAGCUCUCUGAGCACAUGCCAAAAGGCCUGUGGGCUGGAGCCAGCCAGUCCCUCCCCACCUCCCAGACCUAUUCUCCCAGCACCACCUCCACUGAGCCCCCACUCCUGUGCCACCCACGGCCCAUCACCAGCUGCCCAGUGCCAAUCAAAGUGUGCCCACGCUCGCCGCCUUGUGAGACACGCACCAGGACUUCCAGCUCCUGCUCCUCGUACUCCUAUGCGGAGGACGGCAGCGGAGGCUCUCCCUGCAGCCUGCCUCAGUUUGAGUUCUCCUCUUCGCCGUGCUCCAAUGUGGCACGCUGCCUCAAUGUGGACCAGCAGGAGCAAAGUGUGGGAGGUGAUGCCCUUUUUAACCAGGUGCGGCCCAAGAUCAAAUGCGAGCAGUCCUACGGCACCAACUCCAGCGAUGAAUCGGGCUCCUUCUCGGAGGGAGACAGCGAGUCCUGCCAUGUACAGGAGCGAGGGCCAGAGGUGAAGCUCCCUUUCCCCGUCGAUCAAAUCACAAAUCUUCCACGGAACGACUUCCAAAUGUUGGUGAAAAUGCACAAACUGACCUCGGAGCAGCUCGAGUUCAUCCAUGACAUGAGGCGGCGGAGCAAGAACCGCAUCGCGGCGCAGCGCUGCCGCAAGAGGAAGCUGGACUGCAUCCUGAACCUGGAGUGCGAGAUCAGAAAACUGGUGUGUGAGAAGGAGAAGUUGCUGACGGAGAGGAACCAGCUGAAGGCUUGUAUGGGCGAGCUGUGGGAGAACUUCUCGUGCCUGUCUCAGGAGGUGUGCAGGGACGUCCAGCUGAGCCCUGAGCAGGUCCAGUCUUUACACACCUACUGCCCCAUGCUGCGGCCCGCCAACUCCACUGCCAGCAACAACGCUGCCCACGAGCCCAAGCCUGCCUCCAGACCCGCGCACGCCCCCACCAACACCACCACCACCACCAGCAUCGACCUCACCACCCACUCUGGCUCAGCCACGCCGGAACCCAGCCUCCAUGGGUCACCCGGCCCCUCGGAGAGCGAGCCCGACUCGGCCGUCAGGAACGGGGCGGACAGAGAUAUGGACGGACAAGACGCCAGCUUGUACACGCAAUCGGGUCUGUCCGUAGAAAAAUCCAACCAGACGGUAACAGUCGAUUUCUGCCAGGAAAUGACUGACAAAUGUACAACUGACGAGCAGCCGAGGAAGGACUGCACCAUGUAGUGGUGGUUCUCUGUGUUGUUGUUUUUGAUGUUGUUUUUUUUAAUUAUUUAAUUUUACUCUUCUGACAAACCCUCUCUUGGGGUUGUUGAGACGGUCAGCCUCUGCCAGUGUUCACUGAAAAACAAGCUUUGUUUGUAUUUAUGUCUUUUUGUGCUGUCGGGUUUUUUGUUUUGUUUGUUUGUUUGAUUUUUGUUUUGUUUUUUUGAACGGUUGACACUAAAGUUGUCUUAACAGCAGCAAUACUGUUCUCCAGGUAUUCUCCUCCAUGACAGAGUGGGAACUUCUCACCAAACCCUUACAAUGGUGCUAUACUCGCCCCGGCAGCAACCUCUACAGUGGAGACUCUGUUCUUCAUAUCUCACACAUCACAACUCAAAGUUGAACCUCAUCGGACCUAAACAGCAGCUCUCUUUGUCUCUCUGUGUACCAACAGUAUCUCUGUUCCUGCCUUUCUCUCUUUUUUCCCACUCUGUCUCUGUCAAUCUUCUCUACCUCUUUCUGUCUCUCUCUCUUUCUCUCUCUCUCUCUCUCUGUGGUUUUUCUCUCGCUAUAUCUCAGAGGCCCUUUUCGUCACAGCAAUUCAAACUCAGGAAAAAGAAAAUCCUCUGAAUGUUCAACCUAAUUCAUGAAAAAUGAGAAUACAGCUUCUGUACACGAGGAAGUUGCGAUGCAGUUAGACUGUAAAAUGUUCAUAUGCAAAAAUGUCUUCAAGCGUCUCGCAUUUGUAUUUCUGUACAGGAGAACUUUGUACAGGCUGUAAACCGAAAACAUUCCUCUUUUGCCUUCCUCAGCACUGAAUUGAAAGGAAAAAAAAAAGAUUUUUGCAGGCAGUUAAAAGGCUAUUUUUUUCUCCCACUCAUCAGCAAUACCAUUGUAUUUGGAUGUUGUAACGGUGACUUUCAAGUGCUUGUUUGGCAGAAAUGUAUAUAGUAUGGAGCAUGAUGACUGUAACAGUGAUUUUGUACAGGUAGAGGCUUAGAUGUUUCUUUUCACCGGGGUUAUAUCAAGCACCUUUUUGCUAAGGGAAAAUCUUUGCUUUGCUGUUUCCUGUCCUGCCUAACGAAUAUUCCCCAUCAUGGUGGGUGUUCUUAUACUCAGGAAAUCAGCUCUACACACAUAUAGACACACACACACACACACACACAGUACAUACAAACACAUGCGUCAAAACACGUCAGAUUUUGAGCCCCUUGCAUGUAUAAAAAUUAGACAUUCAAGACAUGUUUUUAAUGCGCGGCUCAAGGCCAGCUCCUUUCCACCCUUGACUCUUCUUUAAAUGUGAAAAAAAGCUUUCUGCAUUGUGUUUUUGGAGGAAAUCUUAUUUCUUAUCAGUAUUUAAAAAUAUAAUUUUUUUAAAUUAGACUUAGUUCAGGCACUUUGUUUCCAGCCCCAGGCGCUCAGAGCCAUUUUAGCACUUCUAUGAGGGUCUUUGUUUCUGUUUCAGACCCCUUAAAAUUCUGAGACUGGAGCACUUAAAUUGGCACUUCAAGAGGAAACAUCUGGCUGAUAAAACUAUAUCGAUAUACAGUUAAAAAAGAAUCUCUAUGAAGAACACGUAUCUGAAACCUCUUUUAACACAAAAAGAAGCUAAUGUUUAGUAUAAGAGUGUUCACUCCUUCUAUUUGUAUUUCUUUAGGAUUUGAAUAAGCUAAUUCAGAAUUCAUUUGACGUGAAAGCAGUGUAUGUGUUGUCCAAAUGAUUGAGUAACAAUCAUAUAAAAAUAGUAACAUGUUUGCCCUAAUUGUGCAUUUGUUUGAACAUCCUAUUUGGUGAUGUGCAUGCAUGCUGCCUAUAGCUAUAAGCUUAGUUAGUUUGUCUAGCUUC